CCUCCUCUCCUGUCCUUAGCGUUGGGUAUGUAUUGAUUUGAUUUGUCAGUGACAUCUAAUUAUUCCGAUAUUCCCUUUCCUCAUUCUCCUUCCCCAACCCCCUCAACAUCGUUUGCUAUUAAUACUGAGCACUCCCCUUUGUUUGGGCCUCCGCUCCAUUUCUCUUUCUUUCUUUCUUUCUUUGCUGCAAAUUAAUUAACCUCCUCCUCCGAUCGACAUGGGCUCAAUUAGCAUAGCUGCUUCGUCAGCUAUUCUUUUUUCCUGCUGCUGUUGCUGCCGCUGCCGCCCUGCUGAUGAUGAUGAUGACACCCACCUACCAUCUUCUUUCUCCUCUUAUUUUACCUCGGAUAAUCAGUCAACAACAAGGUCUGUCCUCUGCUUGUUAAUUUCAAGACGGAGUGGCCUCUGCCGCAGCUGCUGAUGCUCAUUGCUUCAUCCUCCUCCUCUGCUGCUGCUGCUGCUGUCGUCACGAUAUGGUUGAUGAGGUCAUGGGCAAAGGGCAAAAAGGAAGGGGCUAACCUCCUGCAGCAGCAGAAUGAUAAUAAUAAUAAUAAUAAUAAUAAUAAUAAUAACAGGCUGCCACCGGGGAGGCAAGGUAUGCCGGUGAUCGGAGAGACCCUGAAGCUGAUAGCAGCUUACAAGACGGAGGAUCCGGAGCCCUUCAUCGACGAGAGGGUGAAGCGCAACGGGAGCAGGCUCUUCACCUCUCACGUGUUUGGGGAGAGGACGGUGUUCUCCGCUGACCACGAGUUCAACAGGCUUGUGGUCGGAGGGGAGGGGAGGACGUUCGAGUGCAGCUACCCCUCCUCCAUCUCCACCCUCCUCGGCAAGCACUCUCUUGUCCUCAUGAAGGGGUCCCUCCACAAGCGCAUGCACUCCCUCACCCUCACCCGCUUCUCCUCCCUCUCCGUCCUCCGCCGCGCUCUCCUCCCGGACAUCGACCGCCUCGUCAGCACCACCCUCGACUCCUGGAGCGCCGGAGCCGGCACACCCCUGCUUCUCCUCGACCAGGCUAAGAAGAUCACCUUCCAGCUUACCGUGAAGCAGCUGAUGAGCUGCGAUCCUGGGGAAUGGACGGAGGCCCUCAGGAGAGAGUACCUCCUCCUCAUCGACGGCUUCUUCUCCAUCCCCUUCCCUUCCUUCCUCUCCUUCACCACCUACGGCAGAGCCAUUCAGGCGCGGAUGAAGGUGGCGGAGAAGCUGAGAGGGGUGGUGAGGAAGAGAAAAGAGGAGAGAAAGAGGAAUGGAGGAGAGGGAAUCAAUGACAUGCUGGAUGAACUGAUGGAAGCGGAGGAGGGAUUCUCAGAGGAGGAGAUGGUGGAUUUUCUGUUGGCACUUCUAGUGGCCGGUUAUGAAACCACCCCGACUAUCAUGACGCUUGUGGUCAAAUUCCUGACAGACAAUCCCUCUGCUCUCUCCCUCCUCAAGGAAGAACACGUUGACAUCAGAGCCAAGAAGAAGCACAAGUCAGACCCCUUGGAAUGGAGCGAUUACAAGGACAUGCGAUUCACUCAGUGUGUAAUCAAUGAGACGCUUCGAGUGGCCAACAUUGUCAGCGGAGUAUUCAGACGAGCUACAUCUGAUAUUCAUUUUAAAGGAUACAGGAUUCCAAAGGGAUGCAAGGUAUUUGCUUCAUUUCGAGCAGUGCACAUGGAUCCAGAAAACUUCAAGGAUGCCCGCACUUUCAAUCCAUGGAGAUGGCAGACAAGAUGUGAGAAUGGUGUAUUUACUCCCUUUGGGGGAGGACCGCGGUUGUGCCCGGGUUAUGAGCUUGCUCGCCUUGAGAUUUCCAUCUUCAUCCACCAUCUUGUUACUCGUUUCAGUUGGGAUAUGGCGGAGCAAGACAGCUUGAUCUUCUUUCCCACCACUCGGCUUGUCAAGGGCUACCCGAUCACAGUCCAUCGUCGAGAAGUCUCUGAUACACAUAUCCAAAUAUGAAACCCAAAUUUGAUUUCUCUCUUGUAUUUCGUCCAAAUAAAACUGAAAAGAUCGAUACUGCAACUUCGGAAGCUAAUAGCUAAUCGUGCUCCUUACAGAGUUACGGCUUCUGUAGACUUUCUUCAUCCGGGGGAAAAAUAUCUAUAAUACUUAUGAAUGGUCUGAUGGCUAACAUACUUCGCAAGAGACGAAGAAAGACAGCAUUUUUUGUGAACUUCUUUUAGCAGACCGUUUUUUAGUGCUGCUUUCUGCUUGAGGCUUGUGGUAGAAGAUCAAUUUUGCAAAUUAAUUAAGAACCAUAAGCAGAAGGUAUAUAAGUCUUGUGGUUGUUUAUUGGAAAGAUC